CACAAGCAGACUGACUGUGUGUGGCUGGUUCUCAUUGUGAUUGAACAGCAUUGGGAACUACAGGGCUUCCCUCACUUCUACUGUGUGCCCUGCUCUCUUCCUCCUCCAUCCAUUCCCCACUCUGUGCUUCCUUCCUUCCACUGGAUGCAAUAAGUCUGCAAACUUUGCUCCCUGCACACAAAGGCCAAGCUCCAGGUAUAUUAUGCAUACAUCUUGUAUACAAUAUAUCUUACAACUCUCAGCACUCCCACCCCUCAUUUCACAGUCACUUUCAUUGUAAUUUCUCUGCAAUAAUUCAUCCUCUUUGUCUUCUUUCACUCACGUUUUUUCAGUUAUCCUUCAUGGGCAGUUAUUGAUCAUGUAAAAGUUGGGCUUUGUUUUUUUUUUUUUUGUUUUUUUAUCUUGAAGUACCAAAUUCCAUUCUAGAAUCAAUCCUCGCUACAUAUAGUUCUGUCCCCAUUCAUGUAAUUUAGAACAAUCACUUUUUUAAAGUUGGGUUAUUUAAAAAAGUAAAAUAAAAAAAUAUAUAUAAUCGCCAUACAUUUUUUGAAACAUUAUGCUUGCUCCUGAUCCUAGCUUCUGUAUUGCCUUAUAAUAGGAUUACUGUAUUUGUCUUUAACCCUUUCAGUGCCACCCAGUUUCAAUGUAUUUGGCAUUUAUUUUCUGAAUCUGGUCAUUUAAUUUUCUUUUUAUUAACAGAUUUUGUUCACUGUGUGUAUAUACUUACUAUACUGAUCAAGGUUUCUGUGUUUAUUUUUAUUAUGAAAGGUUCAUGCUUGUGCUGAUAAAAUAAUAAAAAAAGAACCAUCUUCCAGCGAAUGAAGUGUUGAAAAGGGACAAAAAAUGCCAUCGGUGAUGGAGAAAUCUGGCUCCAAUGCAAUUAUUUCCAACAAAAGGGUCAAAUCGGACAGUGUGGGCAGCAAUUCAGAGGAAGAGAGCAGCGAGGACGAAGCUCCCAGGGGUGAGGGGUUAACUAACUGCAGUGAUGCUUUGGAAACAAACGGGUUAACGAAGGCUUGUGUUUCUUCGGUGUAAAACGGGGCUAUGUGAGGCAAGGAAGGGGUUAAGUGAUAUCUAGUAGAGUUUUGUCAGUAGAAAGGGUUACACCAUAACCUGCAGAAUCCUGUUGGACCUGUGUAUUUUGGCAGGAGAGAGGUUGAGUGGUGAUCUCCAGGUUAGGGAAAGGGUUAAACUAAGCAAUGUUUUGUAGCAUUUUGACUGGAUCAGAAUAAAAUAAUGCGAUGUAGCAUCAAUGUAGGAUACAUUGAUUGGGGCCUGGAAAGGGUUAAACAAUACAGUUGAGGCUUGGUAUUUCUGUGCACUAUAUAAACUAAAUUCAUAUUCCUCUGUCUAUGAGUGGUAGGGUAGCAAUGAAAUGAUAAGUUGUAUGAUCACUGAAACGUUCUGCCUGUGUGUAGAAUCCCUGCAUUAUUCUGUGCAUGAUCGUGAUAGGGUUAAAUAAUGCUCUGUAGGCUCACUGGAGAGGGUUCUGUCUAUGGCAGGAUAGAGGUUAAAUAAAGCUCUGUAGGAUUAUUGGAGAGGGCUCUGUCUAUGGCAGGAUAGUGGUUAAAUAAUGCUCUGUAGGCUCAUUGGAGAGGGCUCUGUCUAUGGCAGGAUAGUGGUUAAAUAAAGCUCUGUAGGCUCAUUGGAGCGGGCUCUGUCUAUGGCAGGGUAGUGGUCAAAUAAUGCUCUGUAGGCUCACUGGAGAGGGCUCUGUCUAUGGCAGGAUAGUGGUCAAAUAAUGCCCUGUAGGCUCAUUGGAGAGGGCUCUGUGAAUGGCAGGACAGAGGUUAAAUAAUGCUCUGUAGGAUCACUGGAGAGGGCUCUGUCUAUGGCAGGAUAUUGGUUAAAUAAUGCUUUGUAGGCUCACUGGAGAGGGCUUUGUGAAUGUCAGGAUAGUGGUUAAAUAAUGCUCUGUAGGAUUACUGGAGAGGGCUCUGUCUAUGGCAGGAUAGUGGUUAAAUAAUGCUCUGUAGGAUUACUGGAGAGGGCUCUGUCUAUGGCAGGAUAGUGGUUAAAUAAUGCUCUGUAGUUUCACUGGAUAGGGCUCUGUGUAUGUCAGGAUAGUGGUCAAAUAAUGCUCUGUAGUUUCACUGGAGAGGGCUCUGUGUAUGGCAGGAUAGAGGUUAAAUAAUGCUCUGUUAGGCUCACUGGAGAGGGCUCUGUGUACGGCAGGAUAGUGGUCAAAUAAUGCUCUGUAGGCUCAUUGGAGAGGGCUCUGUCUAUGGCAGGAUAGUGGUUAAAUAAUGCUCUGUAGGAUUACUGGAGAGGGCUCUGUCUAUGGCAGGAUAGUGGUUAAAUAAUGCUCUGUAGGAUUACUGGAGAGGGCUCUGUGUAUGGCAGGAUAGUGGUUAAAUAAUGCUCUGUAGGAUUAUUGGAGAGGGCUCUGUCUAUGGCAGGAUAGUGGUUAAAUAAUGCUCUGUAGACUCACUGGAGAGGGCUCUGUCGGAUUACUGGAGAGGGCUCUGUGUAUGGCAGGAUAGUGGUUAAAUAAUGCUCUCCAGGGGAGAGUUUGAGACUUUGCAUAAUGAUGGCAGGAGAAGGCUUAAGUGAUUGUCUGCCUAAGGAGGGCAUGGUCUAUAGUCCACUAUCAGGGAAGAGGUUAAAUUAGAAUUACAAUUGAUUGUAAAAAGUAAAAGAAUUAUAUUUAAUUUAACCCUUGUUGUGCUGGAAAGCUGACUGCACUCCUUUCUGACAGUGUUUUCCGAUCAACAGUGAACACAUUGAGCCUUUUACCAUGAACCUUUUUUUACAAGUCAGUUUGAAGCUGCUCAUGCUAAGAUUCACAGUUUUCUGUACGAAUAUACCUUCUCAUGCCUAAUUACUGAUAAUACCUACCCAUUAUUUACCCCCCAGAAGUGUAUACCUUUCUCCUGUUUAGCCAUUGUCUACCUCUUGUUUUUUUUUUGUUUUUUUUUUCUUCUCUGCUGCCUGCAGAUCUGUCUCUAGCCUGCCUCCCCCUCCACCUGUGUCUGUCACAGCUUUCUGCCUCUCAGUUGAUUUUUUUUUAUUUUUUUUAUUUCGUCCCCUCCUAUCACUACCUUAUUCUCUUCCCCAUGACUGCCUGUUCUCACCUCUCUCAUUUAUCACAGUUUGUUCAUUCUCCCUGUUACCUGCCCUCCUUUCUCUCACUAUCUAUGUCUCCUGCUGCAUCAGUUCCCCUCACCCCCUCCAUCUGAAGCAGUGCAUGGCUCUUCUUAUAUUGACUGCUGUUUCCUACAACUUUUUUCAGUUCUACUCCCCCCGAAGUAUACGUUUCAACACUGGUUCUAUCUUUUUUUUUAUAACCGCUUGAUGCCUCUCCCCUUGGUCUAGCAUGUAUGUUUGUUUAUAUUCUUAUUAUAUUAUAUAGUAUACAGUUGUUCACUUUUACAAUACUAGGUAAUUUAUAUCUGUAGUCUUGUGUUGUUUUGUAGCACUGUCUACUUCAGGGGUGCCCAAACGGUAGAUCCCCGGAUGUUGUUUAAUUACAGCUCUCAUGAUGCUGUGCAUGACUUUUUAGAAUGCUUUAGAAUGACAAGGCAUCAUGAGAGUUGUAGUUAUACAACAUCCGGGGAUCUACCUUUUGGGCACCCCUAGACUUCUUUCUCAUCUCCAUUCUGUUUAAAAGGAUGCUGGAGUGGCUAGCUUUACUAAGAUCACACUUUCAAUGUUUGUGCAAGUUAUCGUUUUGCAGAUGUAAUUUUUUUUUUCAGUCCUUGCUACGACUGUCAGUCAUUCAUAGCCAGCUCAUUAUUUUCAGUACAAGUGCUUUCACAGGGGUAGACAGUCUUUGGCAUUCCAGAUAUUGUGGACUACAUCUCCCUUGAUGCUUUGCCAGCAAUAUGACAACUAGAGUCACCAUGAGGAGUUCCCAUAGGCUGCCUAGUCAUGGCUUAUAAUAUCAUAUAAACCCUUGUUCAGCAGAGGCCUACAGGAUAUCAAUUUCAACUCCAUGCAGCAGUUCUAUCUAUAUGAAAACAUGAAUAAAGCUAUUAUCUCCGUUCGUGUUUUUUUUUUUUUUUUUUUUAAAUGUUAAAUUUAUUUUAUAAAUGGAGCAACCCUGCAUGCUGGACCACGUCCUUUACAGAUAUCUCUGAAGGUGCUUCUCAGAGAGCUGGGAGCAUGCAUAUCAUUACUUGUACAGCCAGAGGGAGCAUUGCUUCCUCCUAUAAUGUAUGUGAGCUAGAGGGUGGGCUUAUAGUUGUUGGGUUUGGCCUCAUACUGCCUGCUUGUUUGGUUGUUCUGUUUAUGAUUACUGUUUUGUCCUUUUAUCUAACAUCUUUAUAGGGGCUGCUUGCCGACUGUCCUUAAUUUUAGCUCUGCUCCUACAUUCUUCCCUGGUUGUAUCAGCAGCCUUCCAUUCACGGCUGGUUUUAUUUCCUGCUAAAUCCGUGAAUGGCAUCUCUUUGUCUCUAGCACUGUGUGUCUGCCAUCUCAGUUUCCCUUAUCCUCAAUGCUCAAUCUCCCAUACUCCUCUUUUCGACCAUUGCUUACUCCCUUUCCUGUCAUUUCCUCUCUUUUGUCUGCUCUCUAACAUCCAUCCUUUCCUCCAGCUCCUUUUCCCACCCUUUCCCUCACUUAGUGUGCUGGCUCUUAUAUGUUCUCUCUGCUCAUCUCAUUUAUUUUGUUGGAGUAAUCUCUGCCUGCCAUGUUUGCCAUUCUCUAAUUUCCCCUUUCCACCAUCUCCUGGUGUGCCGCCUGUUUUCCUUUCUGUCCAGACCUGCUUUCCUCCUCUCAUUUCCUUUUCUAGAGUCCCACCUCCUGUCAAUCUUUCCCCCACUGCCUCUACUUUUCCAGCCUCAUCUGAUCAUGCUAUUCUCUAAUCCUCUCUCUUGUAGUGCUGUCUGCACUCCCUCCUGUUCAUAUUUCUCAAAUUCUGCAUGGCUCUUUUAUCCACUGUCUAGUCACCUCUCCCCAUAUUUUUUUCCACUGUGUCCUAGCUGUCUCCCACCUUUUCUCUUUUUGUAGUGAUAUCUCCUUUCACCCUUGUUCUCUGAACACCUUUUUUUAAAAAUAAAAAAAAAUAAGUUUUAGCAAGGAGGCUAAUCUACCGUAUUUUCUCCCUUUCAUCUCUCAUACCUCAUCCUUUGGGUUUGUACUCUUCCUUGACUAGGGCCAACUGUGGUACCCUUACUGCGGCACACAAAACGUGACAUGCUAACGUCACAGCCUGCAUGUUGUGCCUCUUGUGUCUUGCUUCUUGUACUCUGCUCUUCCUAGUAGAGUUCUCUGUUUAAUUUUACACUGUUUCCUGCCAGUCACAGAUGCCUCUGUUGCCACUGCACAGUAUCCCUUCUUCUCGGUCUUCCUUCUCCAGCUCGCUAUCACUCUGCAAUGCUGUGUUUGGCUACUGCACAACUUCCUGUCUGCCUUUCUGCUUGCCUUCCACAUAUCCCCGUCCCAUAUCAAUACUAGUCUUACAUUUCCUGCUGUAACCUCCUCUCAUACACCUGCUCCUUCACUUCUCUCUUUUUAAUUAGGGUUUUGUUUUUGUCUCUGUGUUCCUGUGCCUACACUGUGCUUUUCCUACUCAGUCCAUCCGCUAUAAUUGGCUGGGGUGUACGUAAGCAAGGAUGACUGGAUGGGUUAAUACAUAGAUAAUUAUAUAUUUUUUGCCCAGCUUCAACAUACAUACAAUCAUAUACCAUAUUUAUUCCUAAAGUCCUUAGUAGGGAAUGGGAAGAACUGAAGUUCUGUUCCCUCUACAUCAAGUAGUCAGGUUCAAUCUCUUCCCUUACCUUUUUAGAAUUCCUGUGAUAUUCUAUAUUUUCAGCAGCCGCUGCCUGCCUGCCUCUCACUCUCUCUCUGCCCCCCCCUCUUCCCCCCUCCCUUCCCUCAGGGCUUGCUGCUUGUGAACAUGGUCCCCUUUUCAGCUUCUUUCUGCAGACUUUUGGAGACUAAGACUGUACUUACCUUAUAACAUAUAACUGGAUACCAUCCAUUGUCUAUGUUCCCGCUGUAUAGUGCCCUAGAAUAUGUUGGCAGUUUACAAAUACUUGUAGCACUGCCAUCUCAAUUUCACCGUCUGUCUUUCUUUUCCCCCCACCAUUUCUACUCCCUGCUCUUGGUUUUUUUAAUCCAGUAUUCUCAUGGUAUAGAGCUGUCUGUUCAAUCUAAUCUUUUUAGCCUUACCUUGUGCUAGUGGCUCUCUAGCACAAUUUUAUCCUCUUUCUGCUCUUCCUUUCAUUUAAGCACUGUUUGUUCUACUUGACCAUCUAGGAGUUGUCUGUUUCAUUCUAACACGGUCUGCUCUCCCUACCCAUCUAGAGCUGUCUGUUUCAUUCUAGCACGUUUGUUCUCCCUACCCAUCUAGAGGUGUCUGUUUCAUUCUAGCACGGUCUGCUCUCCCUGCCCAUCUAGAGCUGUCUGUUUCAUUUUAGCACGGUUUCUUCUUCCUCAUCUAGAGGUGCCUGUUUCAUUCUAGCACGGUCUGCUCUCCCUGCCCAUCUAGAGGUGUCUAUUUCAUUCUAACACGGUUUCUUCUUUCCACAUCUAGAGGUGUCUGUUUCAUUCUAGCACGUUUGUUUCCCUACCCAUCUAGAGGUGUGUUUCAUUCUAACACAAUCUACUCUCCCUACCCAUCUAGAGCUGUCUGUUUCAUUCUAGCACUGGUUCGUCUUUCCCCUAGAGCUGUCAUUCUACCCCUGUCUACUCUUUCCCUCUCUAGAGCUAUUUAAUUCUAGCACACUAUGUUCUCCUUCCCAAUCUGGAGCUGUUUCAUUCUAGCAUGGUUUUGUCUUUCCCCAUCUAGAGCUGCCUGUUUCAUUCUAGCAUGGUUUCGUCUUAACCCAUCUAGAGCUGUCAUUCUAUCACUAUACUCUUUCCCUCUCUAGAGACAUUUCAUUAUUGCACAGUAUGUUCUCCUUCCCCAUCUAUAGAAAUAGAGCUGUCUAUUUCAUUCUAUCACUCUCUACUCUUUCACUCUCUAGAGCCAUUUCAUUAUAGCACAGUGUCCUCUCCCUCUUUAAAGCUGCCAGUUCUCUAUUCAUUUAGCUAUGCCUUCAUCGCCUGCCAGUGGCCUCUUUCCAUUGUAGUUCUGCCUGCUCUCUAACUCAAUGGCACUCACUACCUGUCUGAUUGUAGCUGUUUGCCUGUCUUUUUAUUUGUCUCUGUUUUUUUGUCUCCUCCUAUAAAGUGCCACCUGUACUCUUUUUCACACAAGCGCUGUGCUAUCCCUCCAUGUUUAGAGCUGUCUGCUUCAUUCUCAUCCAGUCUUACCUCCCUUGCUAAAGCUGCCCAGGUUCUUAAUUUCACGAUAGCUCCCGCCAUAGUGCAGCUUGCCUUCUUUAUUAAUUGUAUUGAUUUCUGUAUAUUUUCACAUUAAUUCUGUCUUCUCUUUCUUUCCUCACUUACCUGCCCUCUUUUUGCAGUGUCCCUGUCUGCUCUGUUUCUGUAGACCUGCCUUAUCCCUCUCCUUCCUAGCUCACUGCCUGUUCUGUAUUUAAAGGGAUACUCCACAGUAAACCUUUUAAAAAGACAUGCAUUUAUUUAUUUUAGAGGGUGGGGUUAAAAACUAUAGCUUACAUUAGUAGUCACGUGAGCACCCUCUAUUUUUUAUGAAGCACAUAUUUCCUGUCUGUGUUCGGCAUUGUCUGCAAUCAGAGGCGUCUCACUGAGAAAACUUGUGGAUAAACAACAAUCAGACACUUCUCAGUGAGCUGCUGUAUGAAUUGCCGUGCCAGGAUCAGCGCGGUCCCUCACUGUUGCUGUGAAGUAUAGUUUACAGCAAGAGAGAAACCCUCCUGGUUGUCUGACAGCUGGGAAGGUGUAACAAAGGAGCUUUAGAAAAGCACAGAGUUUUCUUGAAAUUAACACUUUUUAAAAAUAUGCCUAAGGGGUUUAGAGAGUUCCUUUAAUCUAGGUCUGCCGACCCGCCUGCUCUUUUUAUUUUAGUUGUCUGUCCUACCUACAUAUUGCUGCCCAUUCUUUGUUCAGUUUUUGCACUGUGGCCUAACUGUCCUUAUCCAUUUGCAUGGAUGAUGCCUCUACUCUAAUCAUGUAGUGCUAGCUAUUCUUUUUCUAGAAGUAUAUCUUUUUUUUUUUUUUUUUUUUUUUUUAAAUGUUUCAUUUUGUAAAAAAAUUUUUUUAAAGUCUCCUAAUACUAGUAAUAGGUCUGUCUGUUGCUUGCCUUUCCAUAAAUGAUUACUCCCGGUACCAUGACCAAUUUAGUGAUUUGGUGUAUUCAUGGUGCCAGGAACAAGAGUUCCGAGCGGGCUAAUGUCGAUUCUCUGCAAAUUUGGAUGCAGAGAAUAUUGAGUGCCCUUGUCUCCCAGCAAGACCAAGUAAGAGAGCAGGGCCGGGGUGCUUAUGGUGGUUGGAGUGACCUUUUAAACAUUUCCAAUUCUCUAGGCUCUCUUUCUCUCUGUCUCUCUUUCUAGCAUACUUUGUCCUGUAUUCUCUCAUUCUCCCGGAGCUAUGUUGUCUGCAUUGCUUCUAUUUCUAGAGUACAAUGCUCUUCUUUCAUUGUCCCACUUUCCUUCUGUGCCUGAAUGGUAUCAGUCCUGGCACAUCAUUCUAUGGCAGUCUGUUCUCCAUUCUAAUUCUUCCAUAUCUGCCCCUUUUCACUUCUGCUUCUACCUUUCUUCCUAGCACAGCCUGUCUUGUAUGUCCCCUGUACUAUAAUCACUCUACUCCCUCCGUUUCCACUUGCAUUUAUUUAUAUUUAUUAUCUUAUCUUCCUUGUGUUGGGUUUUUAGUACCUGGGAGCAUCCAUUUUGUUCUCCUCUGUCCAUGAUGUCUGCUGUUUGUUUACCUUUCCGUGGAAUUCCUUUAUUGAUGGAUUGUGGGUAAAUUUGAUUGGUAACUGAAGCAGACCCUUGUUUUAAGCCCCUCCCAUUUCCAACAUGACUGCUGUAGAUCAGAAAAAGUAAUCCCAGCCUUUCUGUAGGUACUUACUGAAAGCCCACUCGCUCGGGAAAAAUAAAUAAAGAGAUUCCGUUACAGUGGGCUAUGUAUAGCAGACUAGAUGGGUUUUUGGCGAGAGAUACGCUUUAAUUAAAAAAGGUUUUAAGACAAGGAGACCAAAACUACACAGAAAAGAUCAAAGUGGUUGGUGUAAGCUAGUUCUAUAUUCAGCUAAAUCUUAUUUUGCAUUCGGACUGUCAUUGGAAUAGUGACAUUAAGGUUUCUAGCUUACAGAGAUUGUAGUGGUGUUUGUAAUGGAAUGCUCAUUAUAUGACCCACGCUUCCAGGCUGGCCACAGUUAAAGUGCAUUCUAUUCAGAGAGAACAGAAUUCAGAGCAAACACUGAUUGCAUAAAUUUUUUUGAAAAAUAUUUGUACGUGUGGAUAUAUUAAUAUAUUUCAACAAAUCCUUUUUUCAUCCAUGCUUUUGUCAUAUAUCAAUUCAAGAGCACAUGCAAGGACAUUACUUUAACGUGAGCGAAGCUAUACAAAAUCAUGGUCUGCAACAUUCUCUCCAGCAACAGUGACCUCUUCAGGGCUCCUGUUUCUGUCCCGUGUGGCAUCAUAGCUGACAACCCUAGGAAGAAGUGAUAUAACAUCCCUUCCUCCCAGUGCUGUGAAUCAGAGUUUUAUGAUUGAGCCUGCACCUCACUAGGUACCUGGGACUGCCGCAGACUUGAUAUCCUCUCCCGUUAAACCACCGAGAUCUGUGAGCUGUAGGGAGCUAUGUAUACAUCUGAUUUAUAUCGUUAACGGGACAUUAUUUAAUCACCAAAACAACUUUAGCUUAAUGAAGCCGUUUUUGUGUAUAGAUCAUACCUUUGAAGUUUCACUGCUCAAUUCACUGCCAUUUAGGAGUUAAAUCACUUUUGUUUCUGUUAAUGGGGCCCUAGCCACACCUCCCCGAGCUGUGACUGCACAGCUUGCAUGAAAACAAAAUGGUUUCAUUUUCAAUCAGAUGUUGCUUUAAAGGUUUUUUAUCGCUUGCAAAUUGAACUUCAAUUAAAUACAGGAAGCUCCUGCAGGGUCUAGCAAGCUAUUAACAGAGCAGGAGAUAAGAAAUUCUAAAUUAAACUGAAUUUGUAAUAAAGGAAAUGUAAACAUUAGAUGAUUAUUUACAGGAAGUAUUUAGAGAGGCUGUAUAAGGGAAAGGGAGGUGCGACUAGAACUGCAUUAACAGUGAUUUAACCCAUAAAUGGUAUGAAAUUGAGCAGUGAGACAGCAGGGGCAUGAUCUAUACAGCAAAACUCCAUCAUUAAGCUAAAGUUGUUUUAGUGACUAUCGUGUUCUUUUAAGUGUGUGGAGAUAUAUAGGAAGAGAAGGUGUUAAAGAAUACAAAGUAUUAGUGGCUAGUUACCUUAAAUUCCAUUUGUAAAGCGACAUAGUUAAUCGUGAUUUCUGCUGCGCAAGGACAUACAUGUCUUGGACAGCUUAACGGAAGUCACUCCAGACUUAAGCAUCGGCCGUCAAUCUGUCCCUCUUUCUUUAUUGAUAUGCUGGGUGAGGUGCAUGGGAGAAUGAGACAUUCAUGAAUCCAGACAUGUCGGUAAGGGAACCUGGACAGAAUUAUAGGAGUCGCUCCAGGUUAAAGCAGCCUCCAUCAAUCUCAGGCCGUUUAGGACAUUUAAGCCCCAGUUCUGCACUAAGAUAUGCAGGGACAUCAUGAUGAACGAUGUCACGUUACACUGUGAGUUAUGAGGUUUACUGCAGGCGUUAACUUUUUUUGUUAAUAUAGCUGGCAUAUCACGUACGGCAUGUUUUUGUGUAUAUAUGUGCAUUAGAAUAUGCGCAUGUGUGUUUAUUUCCUCAAGUCUACAGUAUAUUCAGUGUGUGAAUUAUAGCAUAUGAAAAGCACGGGUGUGUAGCUGCUAUCAGAUCACACAUAACCUGGUUCAUUGUUUUGUGAGCUAAACUAUGGGCAGCUAUCGGUGCUCUCUGUCCUAGGAGAAAGGACAGAUGGGGAAAAUAGUCACAGAAACAUGUUUGUGAGAGAAAACCUUUUUUCACCACUUGGACACAGAAGGGAAGCAUUUAGCCAGAUUUUAUGACUGAAUAGUAUCUAUCCAACCAGCAGUCGAAGGCUUCGAACUGAAUUGUGUGAAGAUGAGGAGUUGUUUUCCUCAAGUUUAAAUACAUAACUACCCCAAUAUAACCCUCAUUAAAUGGAUGUAUGCUAGUGAUGCCUGUGAAUUGCCUUUUGCCGUGGGAAAUGUAAUACUGAGGCAAUUGCAUAUCUAUUUAUUUGGAAUUUGUUUUUCCUAGAGGAAUACAGUGAGAUUUCUCUGAUUUUCAAGUAUGUCCUAGGAUUCUCAAAUCGUACAAUCUUGUCACUAGAUUAUGCACAUGUCUACAAGAGUUCUGGGCUGGCUAAUGUCAAUUUUAUGCAAAUUUUCAUGCACAGUGUCAGUGUCUCCAGACUUCAGAAGUCGAUGAAGUCUGCAGACUACAUCGACUUCUGUAAUCGGUUUCCUAAUCAUCCUGGAGCGAUGGGACAAAGUAUCGUAAUAACGUUUAAGUUUAAAAGUACUAUGAAGACCUGACUGAGUUUCCUGUCACAAUUAUGAGGGAAAGAAAAACAGGAGAGCUUACAUCCCGGAGCCUAAGACACAUACUCUAGUCUAAAAAACUAAAAGUGGCCGGGCACAGACCGUCCGAGAACUCUGAAUUAAACGUGAGCAGAAACAUCGGAGUAGGGUCCAAUGAAAGAUUACAUGAGUCCCCCAUUGUAUUCCAAACUGACACAGUAGGGUGAGACAUUGUAUGCUGGGCCACAUGCCUUGAGUCUAGCCAAGGCAAGACUGGAAGGCCUCCCAUGGACUCCACCAACACAGGAGGAUCCACUAGGAGGGGGGAUUAAUGCAGUGCCAAUCAACUAACCUCUGCAAAUGAACAGCCCGGUAGCAUACUUGGAGUAACUUUUUUUUUAUUUUUUUUUUUUAAUUAAACUAAUUUGGUAAAGUGAAUAUCGAAUGAGGUAAUAACCGCUAUACCCUAGGACAUGUAUUAAGUACAAUUAAACCUAAAUGUAUGAUUCUGGGUGAAAGAAAAAACACUGCUUUAUUUAGAUCAUUGUGUUGUUGUGUGAGCCACUUUUGCUUCACCUUACAGAUGGAUGGGUUGCUGUCUCCUCUAGAAUCCUAUGCUGCUGUGCAGAAUUCAUGAUUGUAUCUAAACAGGCAAGUUGUCCAAGCCUUGAGACAGCAAUGCUGCCAUAAAUCAUAGUCUUAAAACCGUGGUUGGGAUAGUUGUCUGCUGGGCGUCCGCCCCCUACGCCACCAAACAAAAUUACCUGUUUUUUUUCCCAAUGAAAAUAAAGUUAGUCUUGGACUGUCUGUCCAGAAAACAUUGUUAAGAGGCCUUGUGGAUUUUUUUUGUGUGAGAUUCUUACUUUGAAUCGGACAUCAGUUGGAGCCACAGUGUUAGUUUUAGAGAGCAGUUGUCUCCUCUGAGUUGUCAGAACACCAUUCUCAGUUAGUCUGUCAGAUGGUGGGCCAUGAACAUUAGUAGCCAAUAACCUACAUAUUCAUGAUUGUAGUUGUUAAUGGAUGGGUUGCUUUUUUGGGGGGUUAGGGGGGGGGAGGGUCUUUGUUAAGACAACAGUUUCUGCCUAGUGUGACUGUGGACCUUCUUUAGUUUAGACCGUUGAUGUAUAUAGGUGGCGCCCAGCAUUUUCAGGAAUGGUUUUAUAGCAUUUUUGCAUCGUUCAGCAGAAUUUGCCACCUUUCGCUAAUUUUCAGCAAUGUCUUUUCAUCAUGGUAGUCAGUGGUUCUCACAACUGCAUGACAAAGUUGAAGCUUGAAUGAGAUGAUCCUUAUUAAUGGUAGGGCCUUAGUCAACGCAAAGUGUGGUGGUGGGUAGUGGGAGCUGUGGCUAUCAUUACUGAAUGUGCUCUAAUUCAGGUCUGUCCAACUGCUACCCUAAAACCCUUAUGGUGACUGCAGGGUAGUUGGUGCAUUGCACCAGUAUCCGCUGUUGUGGUGAGCUUGCAGGAGAGUAACAUAAAUCCUGUUUGUCUAAACAUACAGAUUCUCCCCAUGUCUGGUUCAGUUCUCAGUGUCUGUGCUCUCUCACAUUGUCCAGGGUCUCAGGAUGGAUUAUCCUGUCAUUUAAAAGGACCCACAAAGUGCGAGGGUGCAGAGACAGAGUUGACAUAGAGUACUCUGUUCUCAACCCCCUCCAUUAAACUGCCAAGAAUAAACCCCUAUUGACACAGGCAGUUUUACUAUGAGGGGGCUGAAAAUCUAAGGCCAGCCCUGUUAUUUUUUUAUUUUUUUUAAAGACCUACAGACUUAUUCAACUGAUUGAACCUACCGCUAGGUUAUCAUUUAUUAAUUUUAUCCAAAAGAUUAUUCGCUAAACCCUACAUUUUGCUGAAAUAAAAACCGUGUCACACUACAUAGGCUACACUAAUUAAAGGAAUUCUAUGGGCACCCAGAUAACUUCAUCUUAGUGAACUGUUGUGGGUGCCAUAUCCCUGUCUUUUUAACCCUGCAGGAAUGGCAGUGUUUUCAUUGCAGGGUUAACACACUUUUAUCAGGAAGUUAGCCACUAGAGGCGCUUCCUUAGCUAUAGGGACUUGAACUUGGUUAUUUUUCGCAUGACUCCUAGAGAGCAUUUGAUUUUUGCUGCUCUGUUUUGAUACGCCUGCGCACUAGCCUCCCGAUGCUUCCCUAAGAUCUUUAUGAUCUCAGCCAAGGAGGCGGAGAGGCAGCACAAAAACUAAUAUCUAAUGAGACUAAAGGGGGAGGGGGAGGAGUACAUGCUUGUAGUCCAAACGCUAUGAUGUUCCUUUUAAAGGGACACUAUAGUCACCAGAACAACUACAGCUUAUUGAAUUUGUUCUGGCAAGUAGAAUCAUUACCUUCAGGCCUUUUCUUGUAAACACUGUCUUUUCAGAGAAAAUGCAGUGUUUACAUUACAGCCUAGUGAUAACUUAACUGGCCAUUCCUCAGAUAGCUGUUAGAAAUUCUUCCUGGGUCAUGGCUGCCUAAAAUGCAUCCAAACAUUUAGUAUCUCCUCCCUCUGCAUGCAGACACUGAACUUUCCUCAUAGAGAUACAUUGAUUCAAUUCAUCUCUAUGAGGAGAUGCUGAUUGGCCAGGGCUGUGUUUGAAUCAUGCUGGCUCUGCCCCUAAUCUGCCUCUUUGUCAGUCUCAGCCAAUCCUAUGGGGAAGCACUGUGAUUGGCUCAGGCCACCACUUCUGAUUAUGUCAGCAGGCAGUGGGCAGGUCUAAAGAAAACAGGGAGAAAAUAAGCAGUUGCAGAUUUGAAUACAGUAAGAUUUUGCUAUAUUUAUGGAGGCAUGAGGGGCUCAGGGUGGCUAAAUGGUGGAUUUAGUCAGGAAUACAUGUUUGUGUUAUUGACCCUAUAGUGAUCCUUUAAAGUUGGAGAACAUUUGUAAAUCCUAUUUCUACCUCAAUUGUUUUAAUUCAAUUUCAACUCACUAUAGUUUGGUAGUUAGUGAAUACACAACAUAGGUUUGGUUUGUUUCAACCCCCUAGAACAUGUAUCCAAGGGCUGGGUUAAUUUAGCAAAGAUGAACUUGAUAAAGGGACACUGACUAGGGCUGUGUUUGUCUUGUGCUUGCUCUGCCUUUUGAUCUGCCUCCUUGACAGUCUCAGACAAUCCAAUGCUUUCCCAUGGCAAAGCAUUGUGAUUGUCUUUGAAUAACACUUCUGAUGAGGCAGAUCAGGAGCAGAGCCAGCAGCAGCAGACUGUAAUACAAGUAAGAUUGUGCUAUAUUUAGGGGAGCCAAGGAGUCUAGGUGGUGGAUUUAACACAAUAGGGUCAGGAAUACAUGUUUGUGAUCCUUUAACAGCAAAAAUACUUUGCAGUAAAGUUUAGAAACAAAAUCUCACCAGUGUAGAUUGCUUUUUAAUGUGGUAUAUAUGUGAGGGGAUCCAUUGUCCUGCGUUUUGUUCUAAUUGCUGGAGUAUAGAUCCGUGAAGAAAAUUCUGCCUCCCUCAGCUGCAUUAUACACUGCUUAGGGCCAGAUUUUAGUAAACGUGUGUUUGAUUUUUCUGCAGACAGUAUGAUCCGAGUGGGUUCUGAUUACCAGGCUCAGAUUCCAGAGUAUAAACCAGGUAAGACCAGCUCAAAAAUAAUUAAAAUAAUGAUAAAAUAAAAGGUUUAUUCUACUUCAAAAUAUAAUAUAUAUAUAUAUAUAUAUAUAUAUAUAUAUCAUUUGUUGCAUGCUGCCUUUUUGUUGGGAUUCAUGCAGGAACCAUUUUGUAUUGACACGGAGUAUUAUCAUUUCCCUGUCCCACGAUGUGUGCUCACUAAAGAAAUUCUACUGAAGUAAUACAAUUGUUUAGUGAAUAGUGUGAGUCUACUUCACAAUUCUAUUUUUUUUUUUUUUUCAUCCAGCAUAUCACUGAAACAGGAUAAUCAAAAUGGUAAUCCAAAUUGUGGGGAUUUUAUGGGUGGAGUAUUUGCAUUCUGGAUCAGUAAUUUCUAGAAUUCCUCUAGAUCAGGGGUUCCCAACCUAGUCCCCAUGUACCCCCUACCAGUCCAGGAUUUAGGGAUUAUUCUGUUGUGUCUAAAGUUUAUUUUUUUUCCUUUCUUCCUAAAAACACCUUAGACACAACUGGGUAAAUCAUAAAUCCUGGACUGUUAAGGGGUACUUGAGGACUGGGUUGGGAACCACUGCUCUAGAUAGUAUCAGUGUGUUUUAAAUGAACACUCCCACCCCUGUGACAGCUUGAGCUUUGCUGAUGAGGAUGUGUUAGCCUAUCACUGGACGCCCAUUGACUGAAAUAGUUCUGGGGUAGGCAGAAAUAUGUACUGCUUGUCUCAAUGGGCGCCCAGUGGUAGUCUGAAAGCGUCAACUGAAGCUCUCAGCUUUUCCCUGCUAACCCUCCCUCAUACCGCAGUGGAAGGAACCCGGGUGGCAGAGGUGCUGGGUGCCGGAGCCUCAACUUCAGAGUUAAACUAUUUCCAAAUUGUUUAAUCCUUGAAGGUAAGGAAGUACACACCUGCUCACAUAUUAGUCUAAAUUACCUUAUGUUGUUAUGGGGUUCGGAGUGUUCCUUAAAAACAGUUUGAAGAUCAUUGCGAUCUUAGAGAGUUUAAUGAGGGAGACUGCACCUCACUAGGUACCUGGGACUGCCACAGACUUGAUAUCCUCUCCCGUUAAACCACCGAGAUCUGUGAGCUGUAGGGAGCUAUGUAUACAUCUGAUUUAUAUAGUUAAAGGGACACUAUUUAAUCACCAAAGCAACUUUAGCUUAAUGAAGCAGUUUUUGUGUAUAGAUCAUACCCCUGCAGUGUCACUGCUCAAUUAUCUGCCAUUUAGGAGUUAAAUCACUCUUGUUUUUGUUUAUGCAGCCCUGCUCACACCUCCCCUGGCUGUGACGGACACAGCCUGCAUGAAAACAUUGUUUAACUUUCAAUCGGAUCGGACUAGCACAAUUCGUUGAACUUCUAAAGUUUCUAGCAAGCUUUAAUCAGAGCAGGGCCAGAGCACAAUAAAUUCUAACUUAGACUGUGCAAUAAAGGAAGUUAGAUCUUUUUUACAAGAAAUCUAUAGGUAGACUGUAUAGGUCACAUAAAGUGAUUUAACUCCUAAAAAGCAGAGGAUUGCGCAGUUCAACUAGAGGGGCAUGCUGUAUACACCAAAACCAUCUCAUUAAGUUAAAGGUUUUUUAAAAUGAUUUCUUAACCUAUGUUUUUAUUUUCUGAAUCCUCUGCAGAAAACUUCUCUGGUAUUAGUAAUGUGGAAAUGAAGGGGAUGCUGGUUUGGUCACCAAAUCAUUUUGUGUCAGAUGCAAAGUGUGAGUAUAAAUGAUUAUAUGUCUUUUUCUGUGCUUAGAUGGAGAGCCUAAAAGCAAAUAACCAUAUCAUUAACAGCUACUUACCUUUCUCAAAUACCCUUCUAGCAUAAGUCAAUAUAGCUGAUAUCUAUCUAUUGGAUCAUGUAGAAGCAUUUGAUUGGACCAUUUCACAAGCUCAGAGCACACAGCAAUCAAGUUCCAAAAGGAACUAAAAUGCACAAUUUUCUUUUUUUCUUGGGACUAGCUCAAAUGCUCCUUACAUGUAACUUAUGGUGACAAUUCAAUAAAAAUACAUUUAAUAAAAAUAUAUCAGAAAACAUACAGGCAAUUCUAAUAACACAAUAACAUAUCUACAAAGGGCUGGGGAAGUCAAUAAGCAACACAAAAUAUAUUUCCUGCCUGCAGAAUUAGUAAUGUGAAAAUCUACCUGAAUAUGCAAAUUAUAAAUUAACAAGCUUUGCUAUUCAGGUACUGUAUAUAGCUGUUGCUACCAACAGAGGGUGCUAUAAAGGCUCAAUAGCCAAAUCCACUUAUUUGAUAACAAGUAUGAAGAGGACAGGAGAGCACACAAAUCAACAAUAUACAAACACAUUAUAAACACCCUGCAACUACAGUAGGCACAGGGUGACUUAGACUUGGGAACCUUUGUAAAGUGUCCUUCUGCUCCUAGUGUUGGUGACUGUCACAGACAUGCUACAACAAAGCCAUUCUUCUAUUUUAGUUUAAAAAUAAAAAUGUGCCACGACGGCACCAAGAGAUGUGGGCCUCCUGUGGUUCCCCAAGGCACCAUCCACCUCAAAUUUUUAGCCGGCUUCCAAACGCCCCCCUUAGCUCCCUUAACCACCAACCAUAGCCCGCAGACAUAGCCAGAACGAAAACACACCACCAAACUGGAGCACGCAGCCCACCUAUAAACCUAAACCGGAACCCAUUGCAGAAAAACCACUUACCAGGUGAACGAAAGAUCGCACACUACCGUCCAUAAGUGGACAAUGAACAUACAAACAGGCCACUAAUCCUAAAUAUACUCUGCUCAAUUAUUUAAUUGUACAAUUGUUAAACUAAGUUGAACUGUAUUAUAUUGAUGCUGUAACCCACCAAUUAAGCCAGAAAUCGCAUACCACAGCAAUUGUUUGUAGUAUAACGGUGAACAGCUCAUACAACCAUACCAUGCUGUGUUAUAUACUGCAACAUUGUCAUAAUCUCUCUUUGUUUAUUCAAUUUCUGUAAUAAACCGUUGCACCGGUGUGGUCACACCGAAGACAUGCAAUACUUUCAAAACUCAAAAAUAAAGAAUGUUUAAAAAAAAUAAAAACAUAAAAAUAAGAAUUACAAUUCCUUUAACCCCUUCAUGUGCUUAUUUUAUGCUCCCUUAGUGGAUGAAUACAUCUCCAUGGCAAAGGAGAAGCAUGGAUACAAUGUUGAACAGGUACUCGCCUCCUUUCUUCAUCGACACAUUCUUUGCACUGUUCAUUCUUUUCCUGUUUGAACCACCUUGUGUGUAUUUUAUGUUCUCCUUUACUUGCAGGCCCUAGGGAUGUUACUAUGGCACAAACACGAUGUGGAGCGCUCACUUGCCGACCUAGCUAAUUUCACACCAUUUCCUGAUGAGUGGAGCGUAGAAGACAAAGUCCUGUUUGAGCAGGCAUUCAGCUUCCAUGGGAAAUGCUUCCAGCGCAUUCAUCAAAUGGUGAGGACACGCGUCCUCUCAGCUACAGGACAUGUCAUUUUAAAACUACUUUAGAUAUAUGGUUAUGUCAGACUGACACAUUUACUCCACACUAUCUACAUAGAGUCCCUCUACUCUACUCCCACAGCUUCCUGAGAAGGUAAUACCCAGCCUGGUGAAAUAUUAUUACUCUUGGAAGAAAACUCGGAGCAAAACCAGUGUGAUGGACCGACAGGCCCGCCGCCUGCAGACCAAAAGGGAAGAGGGGUAAGAGCAUGUAUUGGUGUAUGAUAAUAAAAAGCGUGUUUUUGGGGAAUAUUUCGUUGCUUGAUGGUCGUGAUAUUUGACCCAAAGGUAAAUAGACGGGUUUUAAAUUGUAAAUGGGAAGAGCUAGGGUAGGUGGAAAAUAAGUUGUGGUAAUGAAAAGAGAGAUAAGACCCCUAAUGUGUUCAUUAUAAUAUACAUAGCACUCCUGCCCUCAGGAAUGAAGAUGGUGAAGAACCGCACAAAAUAAGUGAUGCUGAGCAAGAAUCUCCUGACACAAAGAAAGAGGUAAGGAGCAAAGUUUAAAACGUACAGCUCUGGAAACGACUUCAUAUUAAAGAAACUGGCAGUGAAAUUUGAAUGUCCAACAUCAGAAAUGAAUUCUGAAAAGCACUCUGGGUCAUUUUGUAUAAUCCUUUUAUUGUGAUCCACGACACACUAGCUAGCAAAGUGCCAGCAGUCCGCUUGCAACGAGCUUCACUUCAAAGGGAGCUACCUUUGACAUUUACACCACUGAAUAAAAUAUUGAAAACAUGGUUAAAAUAAAUUAUACAUUCUCUUCAGAGAGUUGCUCUGUUUUUCUUUUACAGUUUAUAUUAUUUUAGCAAUAUCUUAAAGGGACACUAUAGGCACCCAGAACACAAUAGCUCAUUGAAGUGGUGUGGGUGCACUGUCCCAGCACCCAUAACCCUGGAAAGGUAAUUAUUGCAGUUUUUUUUUAAAUAAAUUCCAAUAAUUACCUUUAUGUCACGGAGUAUUAACCCUAACAUGCAUAGUUUAGGAUAGCAAGGAACAGACAAGCUAAAUAUAAAUGUCUUACCAGGCCUUAGAGUGGCCAGACUAAAUGUUAGAUAGAGUAACGAGUAGUUAUAAUACAAGCUGAUGUCUGGGUAACGGAGAGAGAGCUAAAACGAGAACUAGCCAGAGUCAGGUACACAGUAAUAAUCAGAUGGACAGAGACAGCAAAGGUGGACCCGAGCCAGCACCAAAGGGGAAGCAAUCGUUUAUUUUCCUGGCACUUUAGUUUCCCUUUAAUCCAGAUCAGGCAAAGCAAAGUUAUUGCUAAUGAGAAGUGGAAAUAUAAAGAUUCUUGCAUUUUUCAUCUUUGAAUGCUUUCUGUAUGCUGAAGAGGGUUUAUAGAAAUGAUUGACAGGGAGCUAAGUUGCUCAGUUUUAGCAUAAAGAGGUGUAGAUACAUUUUAAUUUUAUUCUUCAAACCUCACAUUAUAAAUCUGAGGAUACAUAUAAGGAAGUUAGUAAACCUAAUAUGAGAGACUACCGAUGAGUAAGCGCCAUUUCAAGCAACUGCAGUUUUCUGUAGUGGUUAUGGUGCCAGGAUUGCCCUGGCACACACACACAGUAUGGAGUCAUUGCAUUUUUGAACGUUUUGAUUUCUAACCUGGGGUCCGCCUCCACUACUAACACCAGAGAGACAUAAAUUAACUAAAUGGCAGAGAGCGACCAGCCCACCAAAACCUAGAUCAGAAGUAAAUUUAUGCAAAAAAAAACCCUGCUUGACUACUUACUAUGGGGAAGUGAGCACCACAAGGGAACUCCUGGCACUAUAACCACUGCAGCACGCUGUUGUAUUUAAGGCACUUGGAGUGUUACUUAAAGGACAGCAGUCAUCUCGAAAUUAUUUUUUAAUAUAAUAAGCCUUUCAUUGCGUUUAGGAAGGAGAAAAUCACCCUAUCAUCAGUAUAUGACCGGAUCCUUCAGCCAUAUACAUACAUCUUGGAUCAGACAAUGUUUUAUAACAAACCGUUAGUCUCCAUGAUCUCUCACAUUUUCACUCCAUUCACAGAAGCAGGGGAGACCACAGAAUCUGUCUGACUCAAGAUCCACAUAUAUGGCCGGAGGACCAUGUCAUACACUAGUAGGUGGAGAUGAUGUUUUUCAAUUUAAAUUUUUUUUUUUUUUACAUAUGCUUCAUUUUAAUAAAAUCUAAUAACUUUCAAAUUUGAUGAAAGGAUUAUUCUAUUAAAAAAUUGCCUCAGUGAGUAAUGAUUCUGUCUCUCCUUUUUGUGCUUGUGUCCCUUUUUAUUUUGUAGUUUUCAGCAAACAUGGACUUCUCUCUCUGUAUGCUUUAGUAGCCUUGGAGGCCAUUUUGACAUCUUUUCACCCAGCUCUAUCAACACCUCCCUUUUAUCCUUUUUAUUUUAUAUUAGGUGUUGGACCCCCAGAAGCAAGGAGUGCUAGCUUCAGCUGGGAAGCCCGGCCCAGUCAGGAAGGAUCCUUUGGUUUCUCAGUACAGACACCACCCAUUGCGCUCACGGCGACGGCCUCCUAAAGGCAUGUUCCUCAGCAAGAGUGACAUUGCUUCUAUUUGUGCCAGCUCAGAGAUGCCAACACUCGCUCUGUGUCAACUGGAUACCCAACUCAUUUCACUGAAACGGCAGGUCAGGAGAAUGUGUUUAAUUAUUUUUCAUUGGUACAGGAAAUUGGGAAUAGUAGCUUAGAUGACCGUUUAAUGUCUAUAGAAAUAGAGUUUAACAGCAAGUGGGCAGAUUCCAUUUGUAAAUAAAAUGAAAAUUUCAGUCCUGUGGUAAUGAACAUUUAAUAUAAUUUAAUACAAAUGAAAUUAAUAGGGAACAUGAUUUUGAAGCCAACUCUUUAUUGAUGUAAUACAAAGUUAAGCCAGAAGUCACCCAUGGAUUAUGGGGGGUGGGUGGGUGGGUUGGACUGUAAUUCACAUCCAACAUACCUGUAAAAAAAAAAAAUCCUUUAGUUACUCACGGAAUUGCAACGCCGGAUAUCUUUCUGCGCUCCGCCUCUUUCGACAUCAUCUGACAAGAAGAGCUAGUGUGCAUGAUUCAGUGCUUUCCUAUGGGGAUUUUACUGACACUGGACAUCAUCAUGGAGAGUGUGAGGAGGUCCAGCAUCGUUUUAAGGGACCCAGAGUCUCGUAAACUUCCGGAAGCUCCUAUAGGGGCUGUCUCAUAGACAGCCACUAGAGGGUAUCUUAGUUCUGCAUAUACACAUUGUGGUUUCUCUAAAUCAAUCAUGUCAAACUCAGUGGCACAGGCCACAUAAACAAGGUUUAAGUUUAUCUGGGCCGCAAAAAACAAAUACCUUCAAUUUUCAUAGAAACGUAGGUUUAUUUUAAAAAGUACAGUAUAAAAAAAACCCAGCACCUCCCUCUACAACCCUGUGCAAAAUAUAUCCUCCCGCUGACACACACUCACUGACAGACACACACACUUACACAUUCUUGCACACACACACUUUUCUUUAUUGCUCCUUACCUUUUGGAGCUGAUGUGGGGCAUCUCCCUGGGGUCCUUUUAUCUGCUCCCGCGCGCGUGGUUUAGUGAUGCCAGGUGCCGGAAUAUGACGUCAUAUUCCGGCACCCGGCUUCACUAUAGACGGCGCGCACGUGGGACAGUGAGGAGCAGGAACACGGAGCUCCCUCGCUUCUUCCACCGUCCCCUACUCCCCAGCCGGGUAAGUUUUAGCAGAGUAGGCACCUGCAAUGUGGGGAAAGCAGCUGCCUACUCUGCUAUAACACCAGCAUGUACUCGCGGCUCGCCGGGCCAGAAAGAUGGUCCUUGUGAGUUUGACAUGCUUGCUCUAAAACUUCAAUGUUUUCCAUUGCAGGACUAAGAGGAACGGCAACACUACACCCAGACCACUUCAAUGAGCUGAAGUGUUCUGGGUGCCUAUAGGGUCCCUCUAAAGUGAAAAUCUUGGUUUUUUGUUUUUUGUUUUUUUUAAGUAGUAACUGACCCUUACCCCUAACCAUUAGGUAAGCAUUGUUUAUUUAAAAAAAUUGCAGUGCUUAAGUAUACACCCUACAUCAACAAGCUGGACUGUAUUGUAUUGUGCGUCUUGGGGCAUAGGUGAACAUGAAGAAUUUCAGUGUAAAAACAUGUUUUGUGUAAAUUGAUUUUCUUUUUUUAAUCUAAAACAUAUAGGGUUGUUUUGUUUUUGUUUGGUUAAAAAUAAAUAGAACAAAGGUAGAAUUUUUAAAAAAAUUUUUUUUUAGGAACACUAUAGUCACCAGAACAACUACAGCUUAUUGCAUUUGUUCUGGUGAGUAUAAUUAUUCCCUUCAGGCUUUUUGCAGUAAAUACUGUUUAUAUAGAGAAAAUGCAGUGUUUACAUUACAUCCUAGUGAUAACUUCACUGACUACUCCUCAGAUGGCUACUAGAGGUGCUUCCUGGGGGAGUGCUACAAAGUGUGCAGCACUGCCAUUCAGUGUCUCCACGCUCUGCAUGGAGACACUGAACUUUCCUCAUAGAGAUGCAUUGAUUCAAUGGGCCAGGGCUGUGUUUGGCUUGUACUGGCUCUACACCUGAUCUGCCUCCUUGACAGUGUCAGCCAAUGCUAUGUGAAAGCAUUGUGAUUGGCUCAGAGAUUCACUUCUGAUGAUGUCAGCCAAGCAGGCAGAUCAGAGCCAGCAGCUGCAGACUUAAAUACAAGUAAGUUUUUACUAUAUGUAGAAAGGCAAAGGGGGCCAGAGGGGCUAGAUGGUGGUUUUAACACUAUACAGUCUGGAAUACAUGGUUUUUCUUCCUGAUCCUAUCGUGUUCCUUUAAGCUAUCUGAUGAACUUUAAACAUAAACAAGAUAUUGCUAGCUAUAUUUUUUAGUUAACUCCUCUAAACUAAGCAUUUUCCAUGCUCUUUUAUCCCCUAAAUAUUAUAUUCUGUAUUCAUUUUCUGCCAUGGGUGGUGAGCUCUAUUGUGUGUAACAGAACAUGCUGGCAAAAUAGAAUAAGAAGUAUGGGGCAUUUCAAGCUAAAACCCAAUUUAAGUCUGACAUAGUUGGCAGGGUUCCUGCUCUUCUGAUAGUCUUCCAUAAUAAGAAAAAUGGGAAUCCUAAGCAUACCGAAAUAAGGUGAAAUAAUGGUUUAUUCAGCCAUCAAGCACAGAAUGGCUGAGCAACGUUUCAACACAAGGUGUCUUUAUCAAGCUGGAAUAUCUCAGAGUGGUGGGAUGAGAUACUGCUCUGUUAUGGUGUGAUCAGCAUAAUCCUGCUUUGCAGGGCCUUGGCAAAACAUUUGUAACACUUUUUCCUGUUUCAGGUACAAAACAUUAAACAGACGAAUAGUAGUUUGAAGCAAAGCCUUGAUGGAGGAAUUAAUGAGAUGAGACCCCCAGAGGUAGGACAAUCUAUUAUGUUUUACAAAUACGUUUACCUAAUAUUUGAUAAUAAAAUUUCACUAACUGACUUUUUUUUAAUGCUUCCCCCUCUCUCUAUAGCUUAAUAUUAAGAUGAAUGCUCGCUGGACCACAGAUGAACAGCUUUUGGCCGUGCAAGGUGAAUGUUUUAGGAGCAGAGAGUGCAUUGAGGAGGUCUUAAUGCAGUGAUAUUUUGUACAGGACUGUCAUAUUCCAACAUAGCAGGAUAUAGCAUCGACAGUGCUGUUUGCAUAUGUGGAUUAGUUCAGGGUUUGUUGAGCUGAUUCAAAGGACGAAUAGAGGUGUAGAAUCAGAAGGCAUGGUGUGUAAUGCUGUCUGUUGCAUAACGUCACAAAAUGAAAUCGGAUUUAAAAUAUGAACACUGUCCUCUCUGUGCCAUUCUUAGCUGUGAGGAAAUACGGAAAGGAUUUCCAGGCCAUUGCUGAAGUUCUGGGUAACAAAACUCCAUCCCAGGUGAAGACUUUCUUCAUUAGUUACCGGAGGCGCUUUAACCUGGAAGAGGUGUUACAGGAGUGGGAGGCAGAGCAGGACCCGACUCCAUCAACUGCAUCCACCGAGCCGGCCAGUAAGUCCUCUGGCUCCUCUCAGACAAGCAACGAUGAAGAGGAUGAGGUACAAUCAGUUCCCUGUUGUGUUUCCGUGUGUGCAAAGUUUGAUCUCAAACCAUACUUGAAGCCAUGUUCCCUGUAAUGUUCUUUUUACAUAUGUUGCUUGCCUUUAACCCCUUAAGGACCAAACUUCUGGAAUAAAAGGGAAUCAUGACAUGUCACACAUGUCAUGUGUCCUUAAGGGGUUAAAUACACUCCAGACUCCCACGCGAUAUUCACAAUGUGUACAGGUUAAAGGGACACUAUAGUCACCCAGACCACUUCAGCUCAAUGAAGUGGUCUGGGUGCAAUAUCCCUCAGGUUUUAACCCUUCAGAUGUAAACAUAGCAGUUUCAGAAAAACUGCUAUGUUUACAUUGCAGGAUUAAUCCAACCUCUAGUGGCUGUCUUCCUGACAGCCGCUAGAUGCGCUUCUGCGCAUCCAGCGUGCAGAACGUAUAACAUUGAGAAAUGCUUUCCUAUGGACUGUUUGAAUGCGCGUGCGGCUCUUGCCGCGCCUGCGCAUUCUGCUCCACUCUGGAGCUGACGUCAGCGGGGAAGGAGAGGUCACCAGCGUCGAGGGAGCCCAGCGCUGGAUAAAGGUAAGUGGUUGAAGGGGGCCUAAGAAUGCUAUAGUGUUAGGAAAACAAGUUUGUUUUCCUCACACUAUAAUGGUCCUUUAAUAUACCAGUAUAUGAAACAAUUACUUGUAGCUGACUUACUUAGAGGCUGAAACACAGGAAUAUAUUGGAAUUUGAACAUGUUUAGAAACAGCCUACAAAUUUAUUAAGGGGAAGGAAAAAUUUUCAUUAUAAAGAAAGGUUAACAAAUGUACAUCUAUUUAGUUUAGAAAAACGACGCCUCAGAGAGGAUAUGAUAGCUAUAUAUAUAUAUAUAUAUAUAUAUAUAUAUAUAUAUAUACACACACACACACACACACACACACACACACACACCACACACCACACACCACACACACCACCACCACCCCCCCCCCCAAUACAAACCAUCGUCUGGAAACCUAUUCCUAAACAGGAUUAUGUGUAGGACCCAAAGUCAUGCAUUUAGACUGCAAGAAAGGAGAUUUGGUCUAAUGCAAAGGAAAGGGUUCUUAACAGUAAGGAAUAAGGUGUGGAAUUACCUGAAGUAAUACAGACAGAAAAAUCAAAUGCUGAAACAUGUUAAUGGGGAGAAGCAACAGUCCUGCGAUGGUUCUCUCUUCUUGGCUGGAGUAACGAUAAUUAUUCACAAUAGUUAGGUAGUUGCACUUCAGAUGGGUAGUUAUGUAAAACAAAAACAGAGAGUCCAAUGGUGGAGUAUAUCUAAAUACAAAGGCAGGAAUGAAUGGUGAGACAUUUAUAUUAAAUAGAGCUUCAAACCAGCUCUAUAUAUUGGGCCUUGGAACCACCUAUUUUUGUUUGCUUUAUUCUAAUAAUGUUUGGUGAGUGUUGCUUUUGUUCUGAAUUUUUAAUAUGUGUGGCAACCACUCUUGAUCCAAAGAGAUAUGACUACCAUUCUCGUUACUAUUUUUUUGCAAAAUUGGAAAGUGCUUCAAACUAGGUUAGAUUAUUAUUAUUUUUUUUUUUUGCCUUCUUUUGGUUUAACACCAAAACAGAUAUAAAAGACUUAGCUAGAUGGACACACAUAUUUCUUCAGCCUUUCUAACUGUUUCAGCUGUUAUUAUUCUAUUAAAUGUAUGUUUCUCACAUGAGUUUGGGAUGUUUUAAGUGUGUACCGAUGGUAUUCUGGAUUGCAGUUUAGUUACAAGUUAUUGUAUAUAAUGACCUACAAGCAGGACUAAUUUGUAAUUAUUUUUGUUCUCCUUCCAUAGGUGCAGAUCACAUCUGUCUCCUCUUCUUGUCAGACAGCUCCACCAGCUGCCACUCUCUCCCUUCCUCCUCCUCUUUUACGCCCAGCUUUGCCCUCCGCUCCUACACUACACCGUCAGCCCCCUCCACUUCAGCCAGGACGCCUACUUCAACCACGACCACCACCUCUUGUUCGCCCCGCCCCACGCCAGAGCCCCCGUGCCCCCCCGGCUUUAGUGGGAAACCACGCAGAGCCUGCUUUCUCUUGAGGACCUGUUUCAGCUCACCCCAUUAGGCUAGUUGGGGAGUGGGUGGGGUAUUUAUGGCAUGGCUGCAUUGAAAACUGUAAUAUUUAAUAAUUGUCUCUGUGGAACAAAGCAGAUAGUCUCCAAGAAGAUAAAGUAUUAUGGAGCAGUGUGCAUACGGGUAAUGCAGAGAAAAUCUGAUGGGUGGGCAGAUUGCUCUCAUUAGGUCACCUCAUGUGUGGGUUUAGCGAAUACAGGGGAUGGUGCGUGUAACAGGCAGGGAAUAUUUUCCAUGGUGGAAAUGAGAGUAUUAAUUUACGCGAGUAUACACUCGUUAUUCAAUAGUCCUCUGACAAACAUUGCUCCAUCCAUGAAAUCAGAAAUGCACGUCUUCAAAAGCUCACCCAGUGGAAUGAAGAGACAUUUUACCUAUUAUCCAAAUACACCGGAUACAAAAGAGGAUGGCAGUAGAUUGCUACCUUCCAAUUAGACUAAAGUAUCUGAACGGCUGAAUGCUUUCACCCUAAUCGGCCUGUACUUUAAAAUAGCUGCCAUUGCUCAUCAUGGAUUUAGAAAGUAGAAUUGUGUGUGUGGUUUUUUUUUUCGUUUUUUUUUUUUGGAAAGGGCAAUGAGCAGAAAGAGAUAUUGUAUGGGGAGGGCGGGAAGGGAGGGCUGGACGUACUGUGCUAAAGACACUCUUGGGACCAAUGCUGCCAUAUCUUUUUAAAGACUUGGGUUGUUACAACAUGGCCUCUGUCAUCUUCCCUGUAAAACAUGGCAUUACUUUGAAUUGCACAUCAACCCUUAAUGUCAAGGGCUUGAAGUUUUGGAGCAAAGCGGAUGUUUCUGAACAUUAACUUUAAGGUUGAUAACAUUAGAUUGUUGGUACAUGGCUAUGGGUAUUGCCCAAUGGUUGAACACUCCAAUAAUGUAGUAGUGACUUUUUAACUUUGUGAAUAGUUAUCAAAUAAACUUUUUUUUUCUUUUUUUCUAAUGUACAUAAUGUUUUUUUCC